AUGGCUGCUCCCAACGGAGGAUUCUUCAUUCAGGAUAAGCUAUAUAAGACAGCUCCUCACCAUGAAAGCUACAAGCAGCUCUGGGAGACCAAGUGGAAGAAGCCUUGCGAGAUGGGCGUCUAUCCUUUCAUGUUCUCUGCAGUCAAAGACUUUGAACCGAUAGUCGAGAAGCUUGUGGCGGGUGACUACAAAGAGCCAUACGAUUGGGACGACUACGCGCAAGUCUACUUCCCCAAAGCUGAGGAGCUGGUCUCUGAGGCACAGAAAGCUGAGCAAGAGGGAGACAAGGACAAGGCUUCUGAGCUCUACUUGCGAGCAAGUGCUGUCUACCGUAUCUCGAGGUUCCCUGCUCCACGUUCAGAAAAGCAGAGAUACGCCUGGCAGGAAGGCAAGAAAGCCUGUAUCAAGGGUUUAGGACUCCGCGAACACCCCGUCCACGAGAUCGAAGUCCCACACACCCACGGCAUCGAAGGAGAAGGCAAGAACAUCCCCAUCUACCACCUCCUCCCAUCAGGAGCCAGCGAAUCAAACCCCGCCCCUGUCGUCCUCAUCAUGACCGGACUGGACGGCUACCGCACAGAACUCGCCGUCUGGAUGGAAGGAUGGCGUCAAAACGGCGUCGGCAGCAUCGUCGUCGAAAUUCCAGGCACCGGUGACUCUCCAGCCCUAGCCUCUGACCCAACAUCUCCCGACCGACAAUGGAGCAGUCUGUUGGAUUGGAUAGAGACUCAACCCGCCAUUGCAAAGGACAAAGUCUGCGUCUGGGCUUUCUCGACUGGUGGUUACUAUGCCAUUCGCCUUGCACACACACAUCCGACUCGUCUUGCUGGUGUGGUCGCUCUAGGUGGUGGCGUACAUCACAUGUUUGACGAAGAAUGGCUCAACAAUGUGAACAACCUGGAAUAUCCCUUCGAUCUUGCCACAACUCUCUGCUACAAAUACGGCUACGGUGACGAUUUCGAAAAGUUCAAGAAGGAAGCCAAGAAGUUCUCUCUACUUGAGGACGGUACCUUGGAUAAGCCCGAAUGUGCAAGGCUACUGCUUGUCAAUGGCACAGAAGAUGAAAUCUUCCCCAUCGAUGACUAUUACCUUUGUUUGCUGCACGGAGCUCCCAAAGAGGCGAGGUUUAUCCCUGGCAUCAAGCACAUGGGCGAGCCAGAGAGUUUUUUUGUUAUCCUCAAGUGGAUCUACAAGCUCUUUGGUAUUCAGGCCAAUCCGGUGGAUCAGAUGAAGACUAUUCCGUUCAAGCCAAAGUACUAG